AUGACGGACCCUGUGCAGGAGUUUCUGGCUCGUGAAAAGGAUGCCUUGGGUGAUAUUGCCAACGAAUUAGGAGGCGAUAGUUCAGACGUCGGUUCGUUGGAUGAUCUACGUGAAGUGGCGCGAGGCCCAUCCUCCCACUCUCCCGUUGCUAGCGGGGACCAGCCGACCCACGAGGAUUCACACGCCUUCCAGAGUGAUUUUGUUUCAGUUUCCCCUAACCCAAACGCAGAGGAGGAACCCCGGCCCAGGUCAUCAGCUUCGUCCCACGCCUCUUCUCACCAAAGCAGCAAAGAGAAGGUGCCAGUAACGCCAAUGGCAUCAGCUUUAAUGGAGUCCUGGCGUGCGAAUUUCGAGGCAAAUAUCAAAGAGCGCGAUGAACGGGAGGAACAUAAACGUCAGGAACUGGAAGCCAAUGCCAAAAGGGAGCUUGAGGUCUGGUACUCAAACUACCGCAAUCAGCUGGCGGCUAGGUCGACGGAUAACAGAUCAGAGGCUCCAAAGGAUGCAUCGGAAUCCGCUGAGCUUUGUGAACCUAGCGCCCUGCUGGACUGUUGUUGGAAAAUCAUUACCCUGACCUAA